AUGGACAUCACCUCCAACUUCGCUGCCAUCGCGGCGCAUCCCAUGACAGGGAAGCUGUUUGGUGGGCUCCUCGCCGCCGGCGUGACCACUUUCCUGGUCAGCCAGACAGUAGUUAAACCUACUUUCAACCCCACGAUCCAGGCCCCGCUCGCAAAGGUCCUCAUGCCCAAUGUUCCCGUCGCAGAGAUCUUCGGGUACCCUGACACGUUCUGUAUGUCUCAUGCGAAGCUCCCAACGCGUGUGGCCGCUGCAGUUACGCCUCUCCCAAACCACUUCCCCUCGAUUUCCACCGAUAACACUUCGUCCGUCCCGGAUACGGUCGCCUUGUCUACCGCCAUUCAUUCCCUUUCAGAGUCUGCCUCCAACAAUGUCGCCUGGGCUUUGAUCUGGCUUGUUUUCCUCUGUCUCCUCGCUAUCGUUGCCGCUCUCAUCGCUCGAUCUGGUAUCCAAACCUGCACAGGGCCUAUUCGCCAAUAUCUGGUCCGCCUCUUCCUCGUCUCCAGCCGAGAAUUUCAGGAUUUAUCCCUUGAGCUCAUGCGUUCUCAGCACAAGCGUAGGAUUUUGGAGGCUAGCAAUUCACUCGCCCUGAAGAAGCAGGAUGUGCUUCGAAAGGAGCUCAAGCGCCUCCAGAAGAAGUACAAGCUUCGCAGGGCUGACCUCCUCGGCUUGAAGCGGGCCGCUGCCAAGGUCAAAGACGAGCUCAAGGCAAAGGAGAAGGCGCUUGCGCGACUGGCAUUGAAGGAAAAACGCCUGAAGCAGCGACUCGAAGCAGGAAGGGCAAAGGACCCGGCUCCUCACGAACCGUCGCAACAGGCUUCGGCCGCCCAACUCGAAUCCGAGCUCCGAUCUCCGCUCCGUGACGCAGACGAGCGCUGCAAGACCCUCGCCGACGGACUCACAGUUUCCAAUAACCUCUACAGCUCCCUUCGCGGCGCUCUCGACCAGGCCAAGGCGCGAUACGAAUCUCUCGACGGUCAAGCCAACCAUUCGAAGGAGCAAAGCACGCAGACUGAAGACGACCUGAAGGAGGCCAGGGAUCGGUAUCACAACCUUUCCGUCAAGCUCGCCGCAGCCGAAAAGUACAGUGAGCAGAACCGCGCAGAGUUGCAGAAGGCAAUGGCAAACUUCGACAAGCUCCAGGACGAGCUCAAGGACGCCAAAGAUCGUUCCAGCAAUCUUCAACGGCAGCUCGAUGAGUCCACAUCAGAGUGCAAGUCCCUCCGUGAAGCCCUCGAAGAUUCCAAGAAGCAGGAAAGUUCUCUGGAGGAGAAGCUCAAAGGCGUCGAUAUCAAGAUGGAGGAGUUGGAAGAGGACAAGCUCAAGCUCGAGCAAAAGCUAGAAGCUGCCGAGGCCAAGUACACCGAGCUUCUCGCAGAGCUCCAAAAGGUGAAGGAGGAAGCCCAGAGCGCCUCCACCCAGAAUCUCAUCCUCGCCAAGGAGAAGGACACCCUCCUUUCGAAGUGCACCCAGAAGGAGAAGGAAUUGGAGGGUAUUGUGAAAGGUCUCGAGGAGAGGGAUGCUCAGAUUUCCAAGUUGAAGGAGGAUGGUAGAACGAUGAAGGCCGAACUCUCGUCCAAUGAAGACACCCUCUGUCAACUCCAUGGCACCAUCCGUCAACUCAAGGGCACCGUCUCUGAACGCCAAAACACCAUCCGCGAACUCCAGGACAACGCCACCAAGCUUGAGGACGACAAGAACGCUGCGGAGAGGCGGCUUCAUAAGAGGAUCGAGGGUUUCGAGAGAGAAAAGACGUCGGCGGUAAACGCAGUCACGAAGACCCUUCAAGAAAGGCUCAAUGAAGCGCUCAUCGACAAAUCCAAGCUGGAGGCCACCGUGUCCACUCUGAGGUCUGAUAACGUCACAUCCAGGAAAGCUCUCGACAAGCUGAAGGGUGAGGUUAAGCCGUUGAAAUCCGAGCUCGACGACCUGAAGAAGUCCGGACAGUCGAGGAUCGAUGACGCGGUUAACAGGGCCCAGUGGCAGGUCCAUAAUGCUCUUACGCCUCGUAUCGAGGAGAGGAACAGGGCAAUCCUCGCCCUCCAACAACAAAAAGAGGCUGAUGGCCAGGAGCUGCAGCGCCUCACAAACAAGGUCAUAGCGCUUGAGACCGACGCUCGCAAGAACCCCGAUCUGGCACGCGCUCGUUCUGAACUGAAAGCCGUUGCUCAAGAGAAAGCCGCCUGCGACGCAGAGCUCGUCCGCCUCCAGACUGAUCUGGCAGCUCAUGUGCAACUGCAAGCCGCCAAGGAUGCAGAACUUGCACGCCUCGAGGCUGAGGUGUACCGCGGUUUCUGGUAUUCUGAGCUUGCUCGCUUCCGUCAACAGAAAGCCGCGGACGACAGUGAAACCACGCGCCUUCGUGAUGAACUGGCAGCCUCUCAGCAGAUUGUUCACCAGCAGCAUGAAUCCCUUGAUGAGAAGGAUACCCUCCUCGCCAAGUUCCAGGAGGAGAUUGCGCGCCUGAAAGAAGAGCUGGCAUCCACAAAGGAGACUACCCCACCUCCCCAGAAGCUCAGUAUUCACAUUGCGGCUGGUGUUGAGACAGCCCCCAAGCCGGCUGCGACUUCUCCUCCCCAGCGUCUCGGUGUUUUCAACGCCACCGUCGUCGAUAUCUCUCCCACUGCCGCGGUGUCUCCCGCUUCUGCCGCUCCCUCCUCCUCGACGGCCGGUCUCUUCCUCUCUCCUGGUGUUACGAUUUCCCCAGACUCCGCGACACCCUCCGCUCCUCAGACCUCCUCAGCUACCGUCCAGCCAGCCUCCAUUAGAGAAGGCUCGGCCCGUGGCGAGGCCACGAAAGCGCCUCCGCAGGUGGAUACCCUGCGUAAACAAACAUCCACGCCCUCUCGUGCGUCGACGGUAUCCUCUCCUCCUCCCUCUCUCCCCACUACCGUCCAGCCAGCCUCCAUUGGAGAAGGCCCGGCCCGUGGCGAGGCCACGAAAGCGCCUCCGCAGGUGGAUACCCUGCGCAAACAAACAUCCAACUCCUCCACGGGCAAUGGACGAGUGGAGCGCCAGGAGCAAGAGGCCGCAGAAGCAAUGUUGGCAUCUUCGUCGGGUUCGAUGACACAGGAAAUUCCGAGCCCCGCAAUUGCGACUUCGACUCUUGGUCCUUCAUCCGCUCCAGCUCCGCUACCCGUCCCGGCUACUCCAUUCGCUCCAGGACCCAAUCGAUCGGCGUUAAAGACAUACGAGGAGAUGAACAAAAAGGCACCCUCUGCGGCCUUCACCUUGACCGUCCCCACGUCAAUUGCGCCUCUCGUGCCUCAGUUCUCCGCCGAGCAUCCCCAACCGUCGUCGACGUCCGAGACAGCGCCAGUGACGGCUUCAGAUGCUUUCAAAUCCCCUGCUUCGACCGUACCGGUGGUGGCCAGACCCGUCGCUACCCCUCGCGCCCCAAAACAGGCCGACAAGAUGGAGGUUGACGAACCCGCGCGGCAGCCGGGUCAACAGGCUAACUCUCAAACUGCUCUCCCGGCGCUUCCUCACACACCAGGCCUUUCUUUUGGGUCGUUGAGCCGGACUGCUGCCACCCUUACUUUCCCUCCUCCUGACUUCUCCUUUGGAGUGUCGACUCCGCCUGCUCCGCCCCAGCCUGCUUCGUCCCAUCCGUCCUCGACAAACCCGCCUGUCCCUGGCUCUCCUGCAGCCGUGUUUGGCGGCUCCCAGGGCGCUUCUCCCGCAGUCUUCGGUGCUGGGUUCCCUUCAACAUCCUUCGGCGGGUAUCGGCCUCGUAAAGUCGCACCUCUUCCCACUCGUCGCCCGAAAAAGGAUGGACGGACCCAGGCCUCGUGCCCGCUCCCACAAUCCGUCCGGAUGCCGCCUACAAUGAUGGAACUCGCUAUAGCCCGCCAGCUCAACAUGAGCAACGGCGACCAGCCCGCGCAGUUCAUGGACAUGGACAUGCCCGCGGCAGACAAUCAGCCGGCCAUGCAAAUCCCUGAAGGCUAUCAACCUGCCCGGGACUUUGAGAUGAGCGACGAUGGACAGAACCAGGUGGAAAUGGGCGAGGCGGAUGACGACUUCGAUGAUGACGAGUUGGCAGCCAGGAUCAGGGCCGCGAUUGAGGCGCAGGACCGAGAGGAACAGGCGCAGGAGCAGCAGCAUCACCAGCAGCAACAGCAGCAACAGCAGCAACAGGACGUGGAGAUGAUGGUGGAUGAUGCUUUUAUUGAUCCGGCUUUGCUUUCUCUCUCGAAUCCGCGCCCGACCUGGCCGGAUUUUGAUGAAGAACUGUAG